AGCGUCGGACCAGCGCAGCCGGCGUUUGGGACGCCGACAGAGCGCACCGCCUCUGCGAGCGCUCUCGUCCGACCUCGGGAUCCGAGUUGACACGCGCUCUCUCGGGAUGGGGCGCGUGCUCCGUUCGCUCGGGACGGCAGAGGCAGCAGCAGCGGCUCCGGUCGCGCGCUCGGGGCCGACGACGGGUUCGUUGUGAAGGGCCCGGUGCGGCACGGGACCGACGACGACAUGGCAGCGACGGUGAGCCUCGAGACGCUCUUCCUCCAGCUGCUGGGCCGGCUGGAGUCGACCGGGCGCUGCCCCGUGGCCUCCGGGACGGUCUUGUCCCCGUCGGCUGCCAAGCAGCGUCGCUCGCUGCGGGUCGAGAUCCGGACGCUGGAGCUGUGGCGCGCCGUGAUCGGCGAGUGCCUGGCCACCUUCUUCUACGUGUUUCUGGUGUGCGGCGCUCACGUGUCGUGGCCGGGAUACGCGGAACCGUCGGUGCUGGGCAUCGCGCUCACGGCGGGCGCGGCGGCGGCCACGCUGUGCCAGUGCUACGGCCACAUCUCGGGCUGCCACAUGAACCCGGCCGUGACGCUGGCCACAUUCGCGACGCGCAAAGUGAGCCCGCUCAGGGCGCUCCUCUACGUGACGGCGCAGUGUGGAGGCGCCAUCGCGGGAGCUGCGCUUCUCUACGGCGUGACGGUGCCAGGCCACCAGAGCUCUCUGGGCAGCAGCCGGCCCCACGAGGCCCUAGGCGCCUGGCAGGCAUUCGGCGUGGAGUUCGUGCUCAGCUUCCUGCUUGCCUCCACCGUGUUCGCCAGCCGAGAUCCCAGCAGGAGCCACCUGGGAGGGGACGCCGUCGUCAUCGGCUUCGCCUACCUCGCCUGCACGCUGGCCGGGUUGCCGGCGACGGGAGCUUCCAUGAACCCGGCCAGGUCUCUGGGACCUGCCUUUGUCAUGAACAAGUGGAUCGACCACUGGGUGUACUGGUUCGGACCUGUGGCUGGAGGUCUGUUGGCCGGUCUCAUCUACGAGUACAUCUUCGAUACGAAGAAGGGAUCGAGGGCGCUCAAGCAGAGUCUCGAAGACGCCGACAAAGAGUCGAACACGGACGACGACUACGAGGACCCUGACGCGAAGAUCACGAAGUACGCGACCGUGGCGCAGAGUCCCAAGGGCGGCGUGUCGGGCCACCAGCAGUGCCGGGGCGCGCAGCAGCAGCAGCAGUACGAGGCUGCCGCGGGAUUCCGGCCCGCCGCCAACACCUACUCGCCCACUCCGUCGUCGGCCUUCCCGGCCGCCACAGACACCUACGGGGGAUCCCACGCAGCGGCGGGCACCUACGCUGCGCCGAUCUAUGGUACCAGAUUUGGAAAUGCCCUCCGGACACUUCCGGCGCGCCUGGAGUACGGACAAGGACCUGGAUCUACAAAAUUCUAAGUUGUACAUUUGAAGUGUGUGAGCAGCUUUCUUUUGUUUUGAAACAGGAUCUUGGUUCCCUUCUUUUGGGUUUCGGUUUCUGUACAUUAACCAAAGAAAGGGAGACAGACUUCUGCCAAGAAAACCUACAGCCAAGCGGGGUUGGACCUACGAGCCCCCAAUGCCCGAGUCAUUGCACCGAAAUUCGCCACAGAUGUGCAGUCAGUAUGAUAGGUACAUCUCUCCCAUGAAAAUAUUAGAAUAAACAAAAUCCUGCAUGAGCAAAGAAAGUGAAAAAUAGCCUAUUUUCAGAAGGCACCUGUUAUUAUUUGCACGCAGCGUAACCCUGAUUAAUUUUCUUGGUUUUUGCACUCUGCCAUUUAAUCCAGAAUAUUUCAAGAACUCGCUCCUUUCAAAAGAGUCCUUUAAAACAGAUACAAUCAUCUGCUAUCGUAACGAGGUACAGUUGCACAUGAGCUGCUUAGCUGUCAGAUUAACGACACUAGGCAAUCUUCAUUUGUCUUAAAAAACGUUGCACCACUUGAGUAACUAGUAGAAAAUUCUGCUUCCUUUAUGGGUUUAGUAACUUCGUUCAUUCAAGAGUGUUGAUUAAAGUUUGCAAUGCGAUGUGGGAAUAGGAACAGAUUAUUAAACUUGGGCAGAAAAGCACUUAAAGUAGAUGCCCAAAGCAAAUUUUGUGCAUCAGAUCGGGCUUUCGGGCGGCGAAGAAAAGCUCACCGGAGAUAAGCUCACGGGAGAAAAGCUCACCGCAAAACCGGCAGAUGCGGAGAAAAGCUCACCGGCCUUUGAACGGAUGCGGAGAAAAGCUCAGAUUUUUUUUUUUUUUUAACUUAGCGGAUUUUGCGUCAAACGUGGCAAUUUAACACAAUUCGCAUUCGUCACUUCAUUAAAAAUAUGUCCUCUUUUUUAUAACAUUCUUAGUUCAUUGGGCAUAUUUACUAAUUCCUCAGAAAUUAGUAAUCACCCAUUUUGUAUAUUAAUAAAGCGGCAAGUAUAAAAUCAGAAUUACGUACACCGGUAAAAAAGACAAUUUAUUGACAAAUGCCAGUGCGCCGUCGGUAUCUCUGUCAAAUUAAGAGGUUUGUAUUUUGCGAGAUAAUAUGAAUAGCGGUGUGGUGAACCGUUUCGGCUCCAAAUAUUGUGUAGUGCCCAAUAGAUAAGUAGGUGUUAGUUGAUGUAAUCAAUGUCAGCUACACUGUUUUCUUUCUGUUAAUUUAACUAACAAAACUUAAGUUACGAGAACAGCUUCCUCCUGUCGUGUCUGUUGUCUUCACUCCGUCGUCGUCGUUUGAGCGGUUUUCAUCAUGUAUAACGUUUACCAACUCGCCCUAUUCGCUACCUUACAGAAGACUACUCCUUAAAUAGGUCACGAGUAACUACGGUGCCAGUGUGCAACUCGGAAGAUCAUGAAUGGCUCACCGUAAAAGGUCACUAUCACACAAAGGCAACGUGCCGAAACACCAGCACGAACGGCUAGAAAACGUGCAUGUCCGUGGAAGAAAAAGGCCUUGAUAUCCUACUGACUGUUUUAUCCUGUUUUCAAAAGGUUAACAAAAGCUUCAAAGAGAAUUUCAGGCACCGCGCUGUUGCGCAUGCACUUUCGGCAUUUACAGUUUUGAUUUCUAGGUUUUAGGUAGACAUUAUUAAGUUUUCGAACUUUAUCCUCUUCGUCAAGUUCAUAAAGUUUUCAGUUAGGCUUUCGUUGCCUAGAGAGUAGGCCACAGAAAACACUCGCCUGCAAUUAUUAAUUUGGGAGCAAUGUACCCAAUAAGCUUAUAAAUAAUAAAAAAAAAAUUAAAUUUCUUUUUUACAAAGCUGACGAAUUUUAAUGGAAAUAAAUUGGAGGCAUGAUCCAACAACCUCCAUAUAAAAAAAAAAAGAAAAAAAAAAAACGGUGAGCUUUUCUCCGCAUACGCUCAAUGGUCGGUGAGCUUUUCUCCGCAUCCGCCGGUUUUGCGGUGAGCUAUUCUCCGGUGAGCUUAUCUCCGGUGAGCUUUUCUCCGGUGUGCUUUUUUCCAGGAUUCGGGACUUGAAUUGGGGCUUUUUAUCCGACAAUCAUUGGGAGGCACGAGGAAACGUUGAGAUUCCCAUCCGAGGAUGCUGAACGGUCCUCAACACUGUCAGGUGUAGUAAAAACCGAACCAGCUUGAACUGUCUCCAUGGUUUUGCAUGUUAUCCUUUCUGAUUAGGAAAAACUAGCGUGCUUUAUCCCAUUUUUAUGCACAUACAAAAACAGAAUUCAUUAGGUUUUAAACAUAUACCUCAAAACAUGGUUACACAUUCUGAUUAACCUUACACUGGGUGCAAAUGACUGCGUUUCCUUUCAGGUUUAAUUUCGUGACAGAUGGUACUGUCAGACUAGAUCUCUGUGGCCAAUCACUGUGCAAUGGCUCGAUAAAUGGCCCUUUAUCAUUUUCGCAAGGCUCAGGGUGCAUUAUUGAAUGCCAAUUUGUCAUCUUUAGUGCAAUGUGUUUGGCAUGGAGGUAGGAAGCUUCUGGAGGUGACAUGACGCCACCUCUGUCAUGCCCCCAAUGAUGACCAAAACCACAGCUGUUUUGGUCAUCCUCGAAGACAUGUCCCCAACACACUUCUGGCUUCACGCAUCAUAAUGCCUCUAGAAGCUUGCUACCUCCAUGGUUUCUGGAUUUCAGUAGUAGCAAUUACACAGAUCAUACAAGUUGUUAGAAGUUCAAAGACAGUGACGGAAAAGGCAGCGAAACUGGGUUUUAACCAAACAGUCUUGCUGGAUUGGAGAACAGUACCCAGAGCAGACCUCAAAACCAGAAAUCAGGUUUGGUGCAUCUAAAUAUUGAGACUUUUGUUUUCACUUCGAUCACAGCCGGCAGUAGAAACUUGGUGCCCAUUUUCCAAAAAGGCAUUCUAUGUUAGGCAGCAGCAGGCAGUAAUGAUUGUUCUGAAGGACUAUUUGCAUGUGUUGCAUUCCUGUUUUUCUAGACAAACGCAUGAAGCAAUUAAGCUUAUGCGAUCACAUAACUAAAAAUGCAACACAAAGAACCAACCAAAUUAAAAGAUGUGCACUACACCAUUCUGUGCCUAAGAAUGAUCUGUACUGUUUUGGUCUUCUCCAUGUAUGAUAUUGCACUUGAAGGAAAUUAAAAAAAAAAGAAAAGUAACAGCUGGGCGUGGAUAACGGUAGAAUGUGUAUAAAGUUUGACUUGUCUCUAAAAUCCAAUAUCUUGUCACUAAUAAUGACACCUUCAGUUUCUACCCGAGGAGAAUUGAAGUGAAAGCUACGAGUUGAAACAAGGCCUGCUAAAGGAAGCUGCAAGCAAUAAUUGCGUGUCGACACACCACCGGCAUACUUUUCGAGGAGUACAACAUGAAGUGGGUUCAGGGAUGCUCCAGGCAGGAUACAGUAGAGCUCCAUCUGCAUAUCAUUUUUAGUGUGUCUUCUGUAGAUAGCAAAUCUGCUCAAAAGAGCUAAUGGCCAGGAGUUGCAAUUCACAACCUCAAUUAAUGUCACAUUCUAAUAUAACUUGUUUCUGUUCUGUAAGAAAAUACUUUACGACACAACUGCUAAGGCGAAGCACAUCGAGUUCCUAAUGGGAAAGAUAACAAGGACUUACUUCAUUGUGUUUUCCAUUUUAGAGAGGAUGCAAGGAGCGAAAAUAGUGUUUCUCAUAUCAUAUGUAACUGUACGUGCAGUCGAGUGACAUUCUGUUUUGCUCCUGAGCAAUAAGUAACCUCAUAAAUGGUGCUUGUGAGUGUGCAGUGAAAUAAAAAUUGAUACGACAGCACCUAA